CCCGCCAAAAUUGGGUCGUUAAAUAAAUAGGACCAUAGAAAGUUUAUCAGUUUUGAAUUAAAGCGAUAAACAUUUAUUAACUUCAAGAGAAUUAAUGGACUCUAUGGCGUUAAAACUUAAAUCGAAGUAAAUGCUGAAAUAAUGCACUGACGACAACUUAUUUUUCUGAGCAGGGACUUGGAUUAAUUUAUCCUUUAGCUUUUUUUUAGCAGCCAGCGCAGACGACUACCGCGCUGUGCUGUCCAACACUGCCCAUUUGUUUGCGUGGGCGGGUGAUACUUUCCCACAACUGCGCGAAUAAUAAAUAGGCUCGGCUGUGAAAAAUGUUUGACAAUGGCCAGUCAGCAUUAGUCCUGAUCCCCUUGCCAUGUCCGAGCGUCGCGUAGUGCAUGAGAUACCCGGAGAGUACCAGCCAGUGCCCAGAGCACCGGAAGAGCCAACCCCUUUGACCACAUCGUGUUGCCGGCGUCCCAAUUGCGGCCUAGGGCUCCAGGAUGAGCGAAAUAUCUGUUCCUGCAAGCACGGCUACAUCAUACCAGUGCUUAUACUCUUCGUUCUGGUGAUGAUUGUGCUUCUGUUGCCUUGGGAGACCUACCAUCGAAAUGAAAACGGAAACAGCCCCGUUCCGGUGGAAAAGCCGUUACCAUGUCAACUCGAACUGGUGGAGAGCUUGCCCUUGGGGUUGAACUACAGCCAAUGGCAAAGCCACCCCCAACUGAGUAGCACCUUUGAUGCCUGGCAGCUACUACUAGGCAGGGCCAAGGCAUCGUUGGACAUCGUUUCUCCGCACUGGACACUGCGCGGCUUGGACGUCAACGAUAGCAGCACCGGGCCUGGAGAUCAACUCUUUCAGCAGCUACUGUCGAAUGGAGAUGCCGGCAGACCCAAGCUGCGCGUGCGGAUUGUGGUUAAUCGCAGCCACGAUAGCCUGUGGCAUGCUGAUGCCCGUAUCUUGGCUAACUACGGAGCAGCCGACGUCGUGGGCAUUAAUUUUCUGCACUCAAAACUGUGGUUAGUGGACGGGGAGCACUUCUACUUGGGCACAGCUAGCAUGGACUGGCGAUCACUGACGCAACGCAAGGAACUAGGUGUGCUGGCCAGAAAUUGUCCCCAUCUUGCUCUAGAUCUGGGAAAGAUCUUCAAGGCGUAUUGGUACCUGGGCAGCAAUGAAGUGCCAAAGAGCUGGCCGUGGAUAUACCACACGCACAUCAAUCAAAGAAGACCGCUUUUGCUAAACAUCAACAAAAAACAUACAAUGAGAGCUUAUUUAUCCACAUCACCACCAGAGUUGAUCGCUACUGGAAGGACCCGAGAGCUAGAUGCCAUUUUAGAGGCUAUCGACAAGGCCACAGACGUUAUAUACCUCUCCUUAAUGGAGUACUCUCCUCGGCUAAGACGGAGUAACAAAUUGGAGUACUGGCCGGUCAUAGACAAUGCCCUGCGUAGAGCUGCCUUGGAACGCGGUGUGGCCAUUAAGGUGCUUAUUUCAUGGUGGAAGUAUUCGGAUCCCAGCGAGGAUCACUUCUUGAGGUCCCUUCAAGCGCUCGACAAAAUUACGGAAGGAGUAGAUAUACAAAUGCGACGUUUUGUUGUACCCACCACAAAUGAACUGGAGAGGAUUUCCGGCGGUAGAGUUAACUGCAACUCGUACUUAGUCACCGAUAGGGUUGCCUUUAUAGGCACCUCCAGUUUUUCGGGAGAGCAUUUUACUUACUCAGCUGGCAUUGGAUUAGUACUCCAGGACAUGGAAUACAACAAUAAUAGUCUCCGUACAGAUUUAAUGGCAAUUUUUCUGCGGGACUGGUUUAGUCCCUAUGCAUUGCCACUGAAACCAAUUUUACGAAUUUGAAUUACGCUUUUAAACCUGCCGGCAUUUUGCAACACCGCCACCAGCUGUUCAUGUCAUAACAAACGCAAGACCUAACCUCAAAUUCUAAAAUAAAUUUAAGUUCCUCGCUCUUAAGUUAAAAUAAGCAUGGCUAACAAGCCGACGCGCGAUGUGAUCGGCAUCAUCUUCAAGAACUUUUGGAAGUCCCUACGACCGCGGCAGUUUCGUGGGGAUUACAUUGGGGAGGACUAUUUCGGGAAUAAGUACUACGAAAUUCCUGCAAAUCCUUCGAUUGGAAAGAGGAAGCCUUCCCGGUGGUUCGAGCCAGCGGAUAAGGAAGCCUUCGACCAGGAGCUGACUGCCGAAUGGGAGGCGUGGCUACGAGGGCGCCGGGAGGAGCCGCCCACCCGCGAAGAGCUGGUGAAAAAUCUUCAGAUUAUGGACAUGAAGAAACGCAACGCCGCCGAAUUGGAAGCAACAUACGCCAAGGGCAAGGACGACAAGGCACUGCCCAAGCAGGUGGACGGACCAACUAUUGGAACCUUUCCCAAAUACAAGGAGUAUGAGUUUAUUCCUGGCAAGGAGCCACCGGAGAAGUAACUCUAUAUUGGUUUUCCUUUUAAUUUAAUGUGUAAAUAUAGUUAAAUUGAUCUU